GUGCCGAGGCAGAGAGAGCAGAGAAGUCACCCCCGGACACCUCCUGGCACGUGGGUGCCCUGUCCGAGUGGCCACCCCUGAGCUGUGGGUGCCUGUCCGAGUGGCCACCCUUUAGUGGCCACCCCUGAGUCCCAGGUGCCACCCCCAGCACCCAAGAGAGCCCCCAGACUCGGAGGAGCAUCGCAGGAAACCCAUCAUGGGCAAUUGUAUCCCCGUGACCCCCGGCAUCCUGGAGACCCCGGGCACCCUGGACCUGGAGGAAAUCAUGGGCGACCUCUCCUCCUACAACGACACUUACAGCAACGACACCUUCCUGGACUACGACGCCACACCCUGCCACAACCGCUUCUGUCCACUCUUCCAGCGCGUGGCUCCCCCUUUCCUGGCCGCCACCUCCGCCGCGGCCGCGCUGGCCACCGGCGCCUUGCUGGUGGCCCUGGCCAAGCGUCCCCAGGCGUGGCGGUGGCCGCAGAGCCGCGCGUUGGUGGCACAGCUGGCGCUGGGCACGGCGCUGUUUGCGGCGCUGCUGCCGGCGCUGGCCGCGGGCGUGGCGUGGGGCUGGCACCUUGGCACGGGGCUGUGUCGCCUCACGCACUUCCUGUGGCACUGGAGCGUCUUCGCCCAGGCGCUGCUGGUGGCCAGCAGCUCUUGCGGCACCGCCUGGGCUCGCUGGGAUCCCCGGAGCCGCCGCCUGGCCGUGGUCCUGUGGGCAGUGGCGCUGCUCUUGGCCACGCCGGCCGCUCUGGUCAGCGGCGUGGCGGCGGGCACCGCCUGCGUCCAGCGCAGCGUGGGCAUCCUGGCACCGGCGUACCUGCUGCACCUGGCCCUCUGCCUCUGCCUGCUGCUGCUGCUGCCCGCGGGGCUGCUGCUGGCCGCGCUGGCCGUGCCGCGCCUCAGGGCGAGCUGGGCGACCGGAGCCGGGCUCACGUGGCUCUUCCUGGGGCUCUGGGGGCCCUACGGAGCGGGGCUGGCCGCGGAGUUCCUGCUGCAGGCCGGGCUGCUGGAGCCCACCUGCGGCUCCUUCGAGCACUUCGACCUCGCGCUGGGGCUGAGCGAGGGGCUGGGGGUGCUGCACUGCGGCCUCGGGCCCCUGGCGCAGCUGCUCGCCCGGCGCUGCCGCCGCGAUGCCGGUGCUGCCGGGGGCUGCUGAGCUCCGGGACUGCCGAGCUCUAGGACUCUCGAGCUCCGGGAUUGCCGAGCUCCGGGGGCUGCACCGCAGAACCAAACGGACCCAUGGCACCGGACUUGGACCCCCGGCACUGAGCCCCGGCCCCCUGACACCAGACUUGGCACUCUGAAUCCUGGCCCCCCCGCAACAGCCUCAGAUGCCCCAGCACCAACCCCUGUGCUCCCACCACUGACCCCCAGCCUGGCCUGGGCCACCCAGCACUGACCCCUGGCCACCUGGCACAAGCCUUGGCACCCUGGCACCUGUCUCUGGGCACUGACCCCUGGCCCCACAGUGCCCCCCCAGCCCCACAGCCUCUGUCCCACACCCAACACUCCCCCAGGACCCCCCGUUCUGUGCCCUCUGUCCCCUCCCUUGGGGUCUCAGCCCCCUCAUUGGGACCAGACUCUCCAACUGCCCAACACAGAC